AUGUUUCUAGAGCGAAAGCUACAAUGAGCUUGGAAGCAUUUUCAAUUGAAUAUGGAACUCGAAAAUCAAGAUAAGUCAAUUAUUUUGAUAGAAAAAAACGCUGACUUAGAAGAAAGACAAGCUAUAGCUCAAGAUGGGAAUUAUUUAGCGAGAGCAAAACGGGCUACUUAUUUUGAAACAUCUGCAUUGGCAAAAAAAAGUAUUGAUACAGCAUUUAGAACAUUGAUAAAUGAGAUUGCAGAGAGAGGAUAG